AUGGUCAAAGCCUCAGCAUUUGCCCGGGCGCUGACGGCACCAGCCAGCAUCUCUCCAGAAGCCCGCUGUGCCGGUGAGAGCGGGCAGGUAGUGCAAUGCUUCCCAGGAGAAACUGGUGAGAAACGGGUGGAAAUGCUGCAGGACUGCCCGAAGGCCCGCAGGGAAGUGGAGCUGCACUGGAGGGCAUCGCAGUGCGCGCACAUCGUCCGCAUCAUGGACGUCUACGAGAACCUCUACCAGGGGAGGAAGUGCACGCUAUCUGUAUUGCAGAUCUUGGACGGCGGGGAGCUCUUCAGCCGAAUCCAAGACAGGGGAGACCAGGCCUUCACAGAACGGGAGGCUUCAGAGAUAAUGAAGAGCAUUGGGGAAGCCAUCCAGUACCUCCACUCGAUCAACAUUGCGCACCGGGAUGUGAAGCCGGAAAACCUCUUGUACACCUCCAAAAGGCCCAAUGCUGUGCUAAAACUCACGGACUUUGGCUUUGCUAAAGAAACUACCACGCACAACUCCUUGGCCACUCCGUGCUACACGCCGUACUACGUGGCCCCGGAGGUGUUGGGCCCGGAGAAGUACGACAAGUCCUGUGACAUGUGGUCCCUCGGCGUCAUCAUGUACAUUCUGCUGUGCGGGUCCCCCCCCUUCUACUCCAACCACGGCCUGGCCAUCUCGCCUGGCAUGAAGAAGCGAAUUCGAAUGGGCCAGUAUGAGUUUCCCAAUCCUGAAUGGUCCGAAGUGUCGGAGGAAGUUAAGCAGCUGAUCCGCAACCUGCUGAAGACGGACCCGACCCAGCGGAUGACGAUAACGGA